AUGUGACGUGAGAGCGCGGUGCCAUCGUCGAGGGGACCUGCGCGCCAGGUGCGUCGCCCGCCGCGCCGGCAGCGUCGUCGCUCCGGGACCCGGCCCGGCCCAGUCAGUCUGUGCGUGCGUGUUUCAUCCGAGAGGUGUCGAUGUGCUCAUCACAUGGGUAAGAAGGCUAAGAAGAGGUGGCGCACGGUUCCGAUCGAACUCUGUAGUUUUAAACCCGUUGGUAGAAAAGAUAACAAUGAGACUGAACCGAUUAAGGAUAAAUUCACACCACCACCACCCGCACCGAAAUUUAACGAAGACGAGUAUACGAAAAUCAGCACCCCACGGCAGGACGUGUUGUUCAAGAAGGGUUACCUGGGACGACGAAGGGUACAGAACGUUGGACCGGAAACGCCCGUACAGGAGCAUCACAGUCAAGACUCUAUGAAGAGUGAUUACUAUGUGAAUGACAGUAUAGACCCCGCCCACAUGAUCUUACCUCCACCAGCCUACAUUGACCCCGUUUACUUUCUUAAUGGUAGCGGAUACGAGGUGUAUGAUCCGUACACGGGGAGUGUAACCGUGGUGGUGGGACCCCCCGCACCUCCAUUCCCGCCCGGCGGGCACCCCUACCUCACGCCCAUCCCUUACCAACAUGUGCCCAUGCAACCGCCCUUAGAAUGGUUUAGUCCGCAGGCUCCACCCCAGCAGUGGGCCCAACCUUCGUCCUAUAACUAUAGGAAACGGUUUUCCUUCGAUUCACAGAAUUGCAGUGCACAAAGCUCGGAAUCUACGGGGCCCCCGAGCAGUCCUCAGGAAACGGAGCUUAUCGAUGAUUCCGGCAUGGCUAGUCAGUACCAAUAUUCCGGUUACAUGUAUCCUCCGUAUCACAUCAACGAUGUGACUGGGCAGACACAAUUCGUUGAUGCUGCAUGUCAUCCGGAGACGAGCUUCAAGCGCCGCAAGCAGUUGAGGAAACGCAGGAGGCGAGAAGGGAUUGCGGACGGCGGCUCGGAAUCUAGUUGCGAGGACCACUGCUACCAGUCGGGCGCCAGCGUCGAGCUGACCAACGACUCGAAGACCGCCUCCGACUCGGGCGUCAACACGCACAACAGCGGCGGCUCCACCCCCGUCAACAGCCUCCCACCGUACCCGUCCUCGGAGCUGGUCAGCGGCUUCGACAAGCUCGGCUCCCCGUCGCCCCACCCCGACGACCCCGAGACCCCCGCCCCCGCCCCCGAGACCCAAGCCCCCAGCCCACCACCAGCGCCCCCCAGCGCCGAUGUCUGCGCCACCCACCCCCAUGUUCCUGUCGAAGACGUGACGAGUAGCAUUUCGACCGCUCAAAGUGUGGACACUCCGCCCAGCGGCGGAGCCACGUCGGAGGGCGCCACGCUCGCUGUCCUCGACGCGGUCAACGACAAUAAGGAGAAUUGUGAUGUUAAUAUAUGCUCAAAGCAGGAAGCCUCCAGUGUUAGUUGUAAUUCUAAGAUAUUAUCAAAAGCUAAUCUGAGCGUCGUCGAGAGCAACAGUAUUCGCGCGUGUGAGAGCGCGCCGCCCGCCGACGACCAGACGUCCAAUCCGAAAGCAGAGAAGGGCUCCAACAAGCAGAGCAAGGCGAAAUCCGCCCAAGCGCCCAGCCCGAAGAACUCGAAGAAAUCUAAAUCUAAAUCCAAAUCGAAAACCCAGCAAGCGCCCGGCUCGAAACAAUCCAAGAACAACCAUUCGGAAGAGCCUGAAGUCGAGAAUGCUAGCGCUGAGACCAACGAGCGAACGUCGACCCCAACGUCGAAGACCAGCAAGAAGCUGAAGAAGGGCCAGGAGAGGAAGUCCAAAGAGAGCAUCACCCCCGAGAAGCAAGUCGUCGAUGUAAACAAAGAGUCCGAGUCGAAACAGGACAAGGAAAAAAGUCCUCGCCCAGAUUGCGAGCUCAACGGUAAAGACACCGAUGUCAAAUCGGAGGUAGAAGGUACAGGUGCUGAAAAGAAUGUGAUCGAAGCUAUUUCCGAGUUUCACCCAUCUGAGAGUCAGUGUUGUCUAAGCGAGGUCUCAGUUGUCGAUAAUGCGGAGCCCAAAACAGAGAUAGAACUCUGCGUUGAUGUUGCUGGUUCUGAAGAUGAAGUCUCGCCGAGCGAGAAGGCUCCGGAUGUGCCCGAUAGUAGAGUAGAGGUCGGAGGCUGUGAAGAGGGCGCCAUGGAGCCGAAAGCGCCCAACGCUGCUCCCACGGACGAGCAGCGGUUCUUGGCGACGUUCGUCAAUCUGGAGGAGAUAGGCGAGACCGUCGACGGCGAGGAAGUCGGGAUCUCGAGAUUCUCCUCCUGUAGGGAUGUCGAGCCCAAGAGACCGCCCAGACGCAAGAAGAGCGAGAAGCGACUCGCGGAGAAUGUCGCCUCGCAGGUCCUCGAUGAGGUCCUGGCGGAGGCUGCUGAGAAAGUGUCGGAGGUGCAGAACACACCCCCGGGGAAGAUCACGGAAGCGGUGAGCAAGUGGCUUACUGAAAAUGGUGGUGUCUUACCGCCGUUACCACAGAGUCAAGAUGACGAUUGGGAGGAAGAAGAUGAGGAACUAGAAGAGGAAUCAAUAGCUACCGAUCAAAAAAACUCGGAAAGCAACCCUUUUCCUGCGUCAUUGCCUGAGCGUGACGGGUCCCCCGAAGGGGGCGGGAAAAGGGUUGCUACCCCGAAAAUCGGUGCCGAAUCCGACGACGAGACAGUCACAACUAUCGAUGAGAAAUCCAAGCUGCUGGAACUAGGCGACGACAGCGGUUGCAGCCUCCGGAACAGGUCGGGCGAGAAACCGCCUGGGGAGGCUGCGCCGGAUCAAACUGAUACUUCCAAUCAUGAAAACAAGACUGAUCUUAAAGUACAUCAUUCUUCUUCUUUCCCUUGUGGUAUUUGUUGUAAUAUUCUUUGAUACUUACAAAUUUUUAUAUAUGCUUUCCUUUUAAUACCUAUCCUUUCAUUCGAAGUGCACUUUUUUUCGUUUUUUAUACAAAAGCCGAGCAGCUUUGUAACUUUUAAACCAGAUUGUUUCCUUUUUACUUAAUUGUUAAGGAUGUUUAUUUUAGGGACCUCAAGUUGUUGACCCCUCAUUUGAUUAAGCUAAGAUGAUUUUUUUCUCAAGUUGAAAUGUUGUUUGUUGUUUAUUUUCCCUGCGGCGCAAACCUGUGAAUCUUGUGAUGAGUUCUUUAAUUCUAUCCUCUUAAAGUGUACCGUGAAGUACCGUGCAGGGUAUCUUUAUUUACUUUUUUCAUUUAAAAAUAAACUAUGUCCUAAGCUGCGUUAUAAUUCCUUCAGCCCUAGCUUUUAUAAAUCCUAUCAUUGACAUUUUCAAGCAAAUUUAAUGUCAUUUUUAUUAAUGUGCAUUUUUUUGAAAAUGCCUUUUUAUUUUAAUAGGAAAAGACAGAGGUAAAUAUUGUCUAAUUUUUUUUUUCAAACGCUGAUUCAUGAGAACGGGAAGCGAACGCAUUGAAGCGCUUUGGCUAUUGGAGGCUUACCUGGGGUUUCGAUUUUAUUUCAUGAAUUUGUUUGUUUGUUGAAAGGAUGUACUUUAAACGUAACCAGUUUAUUUUUUCUAGAGGGUAUAACUUUUUAGUUUGAAUCUCUGACUAAUGAAAGUAAAAACUUUCGUUUUAACCAUGAAUAUAUUCGCUUUCGUAUCUUGUUCUUUUGUCGUUAGCCAACUACAUAAGUUUAAACUAACUUAAAAUAAAGGCAAUUCAAGGAUCCAAACAUUUGAACCUCACCCACCUCUUUUUUCAGGGGUGGAAGAAAGAGGUCUCUAGGAGAGAGGGGUCCAGGUCUUAGAAAAAGGUGCUCUAGUCUUGUAAUAGGUGAUUUACAAGAACUGUUAUUUAAGCAAUACUUUAUUGUGAUAACUAUUGUUUGACGUGAUUUAAACUGUUGAGCAAGUUACAGAACUUUAGAAUUAUGGUCUUUGAAUCCGGCAUGACUUUUUUAGAUGGUAAAUACUAUAACUUUAGGCGUAAAGUUACCAAAUACCCUCAUGCCAGGAUUUGGCUCUUUCUUUCAUUUUGAACUUAUUAUUUGACUCGUGCCCUCAAGCUGCCUUCGUUCAGAGAUCAUAAUCCUUUAAAGUCCUAACUGCUCAUGCAAGGAUUCGCAAAAUCCGCUCAACGCAAGUUUUAUUCAGUACAUAUUGUCUGAUAAAAAUCAUAAACUACUCAGUUUUACAAUGAUAGCCAUUGAAUAAGUCUUGAUAAUUAUUUUAAAAGGUGGCUUUGAAUUGAAUUGAAUUUGAAAAUUACUAAAGAAUACGACAGGUGGUCAAAGCUGGCUCUAACCUAGUUUUUGACAUAUUGCGGAGUCGAUAUCUACACCUUGAUUUAAAGUUUUUCUUCAAGCCAACUAAAAAUUUACCUCUGAGCAUAAUGUAAUACAUUACCUACACAUUUGCCUUUUGUUUUGAUUUGCUGCUUAGGGAGUAUCAGUGCCUGAAUUUCAAAUUUGUAAUUUCUUUUUAGCGCUUCGAUCGAACUUACAAAUUCUUCUCAUAAUUCAAUUUUAUUUCUUUUUCCUUUUUGCCUGCACUAUUAUGAGCCAUUCUUGGGAUUUUCUACAAAUUUAGUCUUUGCUAUACCUGCUCACAUCCCUCUCUUAUCAUCUCAUGAGCAGCUUUAUUAUAACUGCAUGUUGCCAUGAGAAAAAAAAGUUUGGUCAAUAUCAAUUAUAAAGCUCAUUAUAAGUUUAACAUGAAAAUGCAAAAGGAAAAAUAAUAAAAAAUAGAUCUGAAAACUUCCAAUUCUAUUGUUUUUACUUGUCUCGAAAGAAAAGAACCCUUCAACAAACUAAUUACUCUUUUUCUGCACUCAACUUAUUUACCCUGUCUUUUUCUCGUCUCUCCUGUUUGUCUGUUCUCUUUUUCAAAAUUAGUUUGUAAAGUGACUUAUGAAUCAAAACUUUUCUUUGCUAAUCAAAAUAAUAUCAGUUUGAUCAAACAAAGUAUUGAUAAUGGUAAUGGCAUUAUUAAUUAAUCAUUGACACGAACAAAGGAAAUAAACAAUAAGAAAUAAUAAUGACUUGCUGUGAUAGGAUUUGUUUUGAAAGAAGUGCAACGUGCAACCGUUGAUUUUAUUAAAUUUUACCUGUAAAUAAAGAAAUUGUAUGAUCUUAAAGAUACUUAUAUAUUUAUUAAUCCUGAUUUACUAUCGUGUAUAUAUGGCAGUAGCAAUUAGGCAUGUCCUAACUCCUCAAAAGGCAUAGCCUUUUCAUCGGGUUUUCACUUUUGAUCAUCCACUCAUUUUUUAAUUAUAUGAUUGAUGGCUGCGAUUGAAACGAGUGAUGCAUGUGUCGCAGGCAAUUGACAAUCGCCGGCAAUUCACAAACCAGUGGUGAAUAAAUAUAAGAAAUCAUAAGAUUCCAAAAGAAAAGAACAAGAUCAGAGUGCUGAUUAUGUUGCCUACUUUUCCAUCCUUAAAAACAUGGCAGGAAUAUGCACACUCAGAAGAGCGUGUAUUGAACUGCGUGACAUUAGUUGGGUUGAGAUCGGAGAGGCAACUAAACUAACAUCGUGACAAAGCGUAGGGUAUCACAAAAAAUGAAGGCGCUUCAAGCCGAGCGCUUACUUUUGAGGACGAUAACCCUUAAAAAUUGCAUCAUGCCGGUGCGCAUUAUUGUGAUUUACUGAAACAACGUGUGGACCGCUUGCCAAUUGCCAGCGCUUUCUAAUUGCCUGCGACACAUGUAGAACCAAGAAGUAAGAAAAAAGAACCGAGAAAAACGUGAGGAUGUACUUUGCAAUCGUGUAUUAUAUUCUGUUUAAUUCUAAAUGCAAAUAAAAAUAAUUUACCCAGCUUUUUGUAAAAUUGCAAACUUAUGUGAAUGGUUGCUACCUAUUAAUAGCGUAAUAAGAGCAAGAUACCUAUCGAUUUUUAUGAACCUUUCGCUUAAUUAGGUAAAUUACUUGACUGUCAAAGUUUUGCAAUUCCUAAUAUCCUGUAUACUUUUCUUGAGUAUUUUUCGUUUCUUGUAGAGUCGACAAAAGAAGUUUAUCUUCAUUCGUUGCUUUAAAAUCAAACUAUCUCAGUAAACUUAAUCCAUUAUGAAUACAAUCCUUGGAUAUUCUGCUCAUUUCAUAUUUUUUAGAAAUAAUCAUACUUAACAAUUCUAUUGACGUUUGAUGUAUGAAUAAGUUGAUUCUCAGUUGAUCACCUUCUAAGUGUAUGAAUACUAGAAAGAUUCUUAAAUUUACAUUUUGAACAGGGAAUAUAGAACAUGCGCGUGUGAUCAUAAAUCUCAUAUUCAAACGUCUGAUCAUCAAGUUAUUCAGCUCUUAGAAACCGCUGGAUACCUAGAUAUUAUUUGAAGUGUAUUUGUCUUAUAAAAUUAGUCAAUUCAAAUUUCUAGAACAUUUUGUAGCAUGUUUUUGUGGCUUUAACUUUUUUCAGUGACUCAAAAAGUAGAUAUACCAUAUUUUUCACCUUAUGCAGGCAGAACAGACAGGUAUCUGAACCUCUUUGGAACUGUACCUCACAUCAACGUAUUUGAAAAGACGCAUGUCUUGCCUGUUUAGUACUUUAGUCUACAAAGAAGGAAUUUCUGAAUGAAUUUACCGCCUAUUGACCGUAGGGGACUGUAGUGGGCAGUGCCAGAAAAAAACUAAACCAUUACGAAAAAUAUUGUUCCCGCAUUUGCAACUAUCACUGUACCAUUUAAAAGUUGGUUCACGGUUUGCCGAGAAAUCUAGAACUUUUCUGUGUGUGACCAAACGUAAACAUUUCUUGCGUUCCAAAUUCAUCUUGAAAUGUGAUCGCCAGAAGUUCAAUCAGACUCAAUGCAAAGAUAAGUUCCGAAUGUUCAACUUUUUUGAGGUUUCUCCCCGUUUCCACGAUCGAAUUCCUGUUAAAUAUAGGCAUGUCCAAGGAUGUUGUGGGUACCAAAAACCUAGGAAAUAUCUCAGCAACCCAUUGGCUAGAUUUUAAAUUCUACAGCUCCCUGGAGAGACAUCAUGUAGGAAAAUAUAGGCGAAUCAACUGAAAAUAGCCACCCCCGAACCAGCACAGAUUUUCUUCAACACCCCAAGAACGAGAGAGUACAAGUAUAGUUUGACGUCUUGAAGAGUAGGAGGUAUUUGUAUACAAAGGGAGUUUUAGAGAUACACAGAUCUACCAAGACAUUUUUGUGGACCAUACACUGUUUAUGUUUUUCCUUUAUUUUUUUUAACAAAAAAAAAUUCUCUUUACAGAUGAAUUAGCGAGUUAUCAUUUUAAACGUAUGCUUCAUUACACAAUGCCGUCAAACUAAGCAGAUUUUUUCACUUCGUAUAUUUUAAUACAAAGAACAGUGAAAUGGCAAGGCAUUUACAAACACGUGCGCGAUCUGCGCACAGGUUUGUAUACAUGGUUUUUACAUGCGAACUUUGGAGUGUUAAGAGCACGUGAAUCCAAAGCUUCCAGAAAAUCAUCCAUUGGAGAAAUGAAAAUUUAUGUUAAAGUUAAAGUAAACAGUACCGCAGAUCCAUGAAACUGUGUGGUUAAGUGAAAGAUAAUGACUACAAGAAUGGUUAGAUGAAAGAUAAUGACUCAAUUAAUCAAUCAGAAAUCGAAGAACUCAUGCUCACUGCUCAUACAGGUAGUGAUAAGUUUCAUUAAACGGAAUUUUUGAAACACGUUGUUUUGGAAAUUUCAAGUGCUCUCACUUGAACGUCACAGGUACUUUUUUUUUUAAAAAAAAAUUCCUUAAUUUCAUAAACUACUCUGAGCAAUUAUUCGCGGGUACUUCCCAAACGUCAGUUUAUUUUUCUGUCAACUCUGUUACAUGAACAUUUAAUUGUUAAUCUUGUUGAAAUUAUAUGUUGCUCUGUUAAAUCGAAAACUCAUGUUAAAUUUUUAUAUCCUGUAAAAACAGAUCAUCAUGGUUGUACCUGUAUGUUUGCUUUUUAAUUAAAUUGGAUAAAAUUAAAGUUUUA